UAACCAGAAGAAUCCUAAACCCUUUAUAGAAGAGUCACGUGAGUGCUAAACAACUUAACUAAGAGGAUGGCAUAAGCAGGAUGCUCAGGAGAUCAGGACACAAGGAGGAUCUGGACAACCACUAACUCCAGUCUGCCAUCAAUCUUUGUUAGCCCUGCUUGGGAGCUGUUCAUUGAGGCCAGUGCUGAACUAAGGAAGUUCUGAGACUGGUUCAGCAGGAGAAGACAGACACCCAAGCCCUGUCAUGUCAGUACUGAAUGCGGUUCCCUUUCUGAGGCAAGUCCAUCUGCGCUCACCACGGCAGCAGAGACGUCACACUCUCCCGGCCAGUGAAUUCCGGUGCCUCUCACCCGAGGAUGCAGUCAGUGUUUUCGAAAUCGAGAGAGAAGCAUUCAUCUCUGUUUCCGGAGACUGUCCUCUCCACCUGGAUGAAGUACGGCACUUCUUGACCCUUUGUCCUGAGUUAUCAUUGGGAUGGUUUGAAGAGGGCCGGCUUGUGGCUUUUAUCAUCGGUUCUCUAUGGGAUCAGGACAAGCUCAACCAGGAUGCUCUCACACUGCACAAACCGCAUGGGUCCUCCGUUCACAUCCACGUCCUUGCUGUGCACCGUACCUUUCGACAACAGGGAAAGGGCUCCAUCCUUCUCUGGCGUUACCUACAGUACCUGCGCUGCCUGCCUUUUGCACGCCGGGCCGUGCUAAUGUGUGAAGACUUUCUGGUUCCUUUCUACUCCAAAUGUGGCUUCAAAGCCGUGGGCCCUUGUGAUAUCACAGUGGGACCUCUGACCUUUAUUGAGAUGCAGUGUCCUGUACGAGGACAUGCAUUUAUGCGCAGGAACAGCGGAUGCUAACACACAUCCUGCCUCCUACUAACCCGUUUGCUUGCAUUGGGGAGCCUGUGAUGCACUGUAGAGCAGAGUAUAACAGACCUCCCUUGGUAGCAAAUGGAUUGAUGGACAAUCCUCUGGGGUUUCAAAAAUUAAACAUUUUAGUACUUCUGUCCUUAAGGGGUUAAUUUGCAUUGCAUAACCAUAUCUGUCUUAUUAACCCCUUACUGGCCUGACACAGUGGAUCAUUCAUCUUUUCUUGAAAGCAAACUUACCUCUGUAUAAAACCCACACCUCCCCCCAUCAUUGUCACUGUAUA